AUGAUCGCCGAAGAUGAGAUUGCCAAUUACGAAGACUUUAGAGACUGUGUCUCCGAAUUGUUGAUCUCAAGACUCUCUGGCACUGCAGACAAAAAGAAAAAGAAAGCCACCAAGGGCCGCAAGAAUGAGAUUAAGCCUGUGACUAGGCCAGAGCAAGAUCAUGAGGAUAACGAUGCUCUCGCUGCUGAUUUGGGAGAGACCAUAGAGAUAUUCCCUUCUCUGCCUGAUGAUUUGCGAAGCCUAUCAUACAGCGAUGUCCAGAAUGAUGCUCAGCUAGCUGAAAAGUAUAGCGUGCCUCUGGAUUCAGACGUCUAUGAGGACCUACUACAACCAAUGCCACUCUCGGUAUCAGAUUCAUUGACUUCUUACGGUCUACUAUCUGAUCCCACAGAUCUGCCACGAUUACUCGAGCCAGUCUUCACAUCAUACAUCACGAGCAGAACCACUGCACCACCAGAAUUUGCACCUUCUAGUCGAGCCACCGAGUGUGAGAUUUGCGAGAGGGAACAUCUUCCUCUUACUUACCAUCACUUGAUUCCGAGGGCGGUGCAUGCAAAGGUUGUUAAGCGUGGCUGGCAUGCUAGUUGGGAGUUGAACAAAGUAGCUUGGUUGUGCAGAGCUUGUCACAGCUUUGUGCAUCGACUUGCGACCAACGAGGAAUUGGCUAAAGAGUGGUAUAGCAUUGAACUGUUGCUGGAAAGGGAUGAUGUCCAAAAAUGGGCAAUCUGGGUCAGCAAGGUCCGAUGGAAAGCCAAGUAA